AUGCUUGUUACCAGGCAGUUUGAUACCACCGAGCAGAGCCACUGGUCCUACAGCAAAUUUGAGACUCCCCUCCAUAAGGCCCCUACCACUCCUCCACGCAUGUCCAAUCAGUUCGAAGCUCCGUUGCCCACGCCUCCCGAGUGGCAAGGGCAGCAGUACUCCUACCUCCCAGGCCCGGAAAACAACGUCUUCUCCCAGGCAUACGGAGCUGGCAAUGAGACUUCGGAUGUGUCGCAACCUCGCACUUCAACUGGCGCCCCUGCGCAAGUAGAGAUCCAGACAAAGCAGGAGCCCGGUCUGGACAACCCUGGAUCAGCAGACCCUCUAGGCCUUCGCCAAGUGAAGCAGCCCACUCCGGAAGACGAGCCCGAGGACAGACAGCAGCAACCACGAGAACAGCGACAGGAAUCGCAGUCCUUGGAGAAGGCCGCUAAGCCGGAAUGUCAGGAACCUACGGCAUUGACAGACAUGCAGAGCCAGACAAUGAUCUCGAAUCCGGCUUCAUCAAGAGAGCUCGGUGCCGAUGUGGCUGCGACUCAGAUGGACAAUGACGAGGGAAGCCUGAGCAAAGACGAGGACGACGAUGUGCUUGACGAUGAUGACAUGCUUGACGACGGCGAUGGUACCCCACAGACGGCCGCAGAGCGGACAGCAGCCCGAAGGAAGAUGAAGAGAUUCCGUCUCACGCACCAACAGACGAGAUUUCUGAUGAGUGAAUUCGCCAAGCAGCCUCACCCUGAUGCCGCCCACAGAGAACGCCUGUCGAGAGAGAUCCCCGGCCUGAGCCCGCGUCAAGUCCAAGUUUGGUUCCAGAACCGCCGUGCAAAGAUUAAGCGUCUCACAGCUGAUGACCGGGACCGCAUGAUCAAGAUGCGAGCUGUCCCCGACGACUUUGACAACGUUCAAGCACUUCACUCUCCCUACGGCGCGGUCCACGGUCUCAACACUCCCAUGCCGUCCCCCAUGAACUUUGGAACACAAUCUUACGCCGACCACAUGAUUCGUCCUCUGAUGGUCGACGUUCGGAGAGCGGAGGGUGGUGAGGAGCACAUGUCGUCCACGGGACUGAGCCCUGCGUUUGGAAGUAUCGGGUUCACCCCUCCGGGAACUAUGAGCAGCCCAGACAUGCUGUCUCCCAUGACACCCAACUCGACGGGCGACCACCGCUACGGAUACGGCAGCCACCUGUCACCCAUGGGCCCCGGCCCCCGAACCUCGAACCCCUUUGCGCGACAGGGCGCUGCUGUCGAGAACUCCAUGUCCAUGCACCGCGGCCAGCCAAGCCGGCCUCUCCAACCUCUCCAACUGCGCGAGACCAUGUCUCGGUCUAGGUCGGACAUCAGCUCUCCUCUGCGAACCAGCAUGUCCUGGAAGGGCGACGCGAUCGACUACAGCACAUACCACCACGGAGCUGGUGGAAGCCCUCAGCUGAGUGGAAGACAGCAGUCUGUCUACCAGCCUGAGCAGAUGAGCGGCCCGUCGAGUAGCGGUCUCCCCUACGAGUCGAGCUCGUAUUCCAGCAACAACUCGCCUCCUGGCAUGAACUAUUCAAGCUUCCCCGGAGGACCACCAAACCGCCUUCGCAGCCGCGCCUCAUCGGGCACCCUCGGCCUCGACGUCCGCAACCAGUACCGCCCUGCCGGCUCAGUCCCAACCCCGGGCCACUCCUCGGCGCCUCGCACCACCUCUGCCCAGUUCGCCUCCACCGCAUAUACAUCCAGCUUCCCCUCAGCGCCCCUGGCCGCGCCCGUCGACUUCUCUUUGCCCCGCACGCCUGGCACCCGACCUGGCGGCGUCCAGGACUACUCGAUGCCGCAGAUGAGCGCGCCCAUCGCGGCACCCAACGACUUCUCGCAUGCCUUCCAAGCCAGCAUGAACACCUCCAGCUCCAGGACACCCAUGCGCGACACCUUUGGCGGUGGCGGACCGAUGCCGCCUCAGCACCCGGGCGCACCUGCCCACGGUGGUCACAAUGGCGAAUACGCACAGCAGCAGCAACAACAGCAGCAACAAGAACAGCAGCAGCAGCAGCAGCGAGGAGGAGAUAAUUACGUUCACGACUUUGGCGCGCUCAAGAGGAAGAGAAGCUUCUCGAGCGGAGCGCCGGCCGGACCUGGACCCGCACCCGGACCUCAGGCAUACGGGAGCACAGCGUAA